AUGUUGAGUUUAUCGCAACGACCGAGUCUAAGUCGCCUUGUAUCACCUAGUCCAAGUGAUAGAGGAUUUUCCUACCGUCUUGCUACGCCGGAUGAUCGGGAACAGAUCCGGGAAGGGCUUGAACGAUGGUUCUUUCCGGAAGAAUCGGUUAGUUGCGGGCAUCGUGAUGGCCCCCAGUACGCAGAAGAGGACAUGGCGUCUAUGUUGGAAGUCCUUGAAUGCGGUGUCGUGAUAAUGGUGAUCGAUGAAUCCAGCGGAAGCUUAGCGGGAUUUACUGGUUGUAGUUUGAUUAGAUCCGGUUAUGUGGAGGAGCUGAUGGAGACAGCCAAAAGUGCAAAGUCAAAAAAAUUCAAAGAUAUUUGCCUGUUUAUGGCUCAUUGUACCGGUAAUGCGGACAUCUUCGGAAGGUUCCAAGUGGAAACGGCCUUGCAGGUUCAGUACGUGAUGGUAUUUCCAAAUUAUCGCGGACUGAAGAUCAGCAGAGCUAUGGUGGAAAAAAGUGUGGAAAUAGCUCGGCGUCUCGGAGCUGGAGCGAUCUACGGCGAUUGUACCAGCCCAUUGAUGGCGCGUUCUUUCCAGAGUGUUGGAAUACCUUGCAUUUAUCGGAUGGCGUACAGCGAUUAUCGGGACGAAAAUGAAGAGAUUGUGUUCAAGAGCCAGCCAAACUACGAACAUUUGCAUUGCCAUGCUAUGAAGCUCUAG